GGAUUGGGUUAGAAGCAUUCAUGCCUCCAACGCAAUCUUUUUCAAAAUCUUCUAAAAAAAUCUAUAUCUCCACACCUCCUCAAAUUCUCUCCAACAAAGAAUCAAUCCCUCCUUCAUUUCUGCCCCCCUCUUCGAUCUUUCAUAAAUACCCGAUGUAUACAACUCGACAACUUGGUCGGGUCGCUGUUGCAUUUUAGUUAUUCGGUAAAAGUACUGAAUUCAGGGAAAGCAAGUGGGAGAGAAGAGAGAAGGAAUGCGGGCAUAUUUUCUUGCCGGAAAUCCGGUGAAGUUGAUCAUAACCGGCACCGCCGUCGCCAUUUUAUUACAGGCGGCAUUUGUUCUUUCUGGGUUUCCCACGACUCUUACGUUGGAGAGAGCUUUUCCGACGAACCAUCUUGUUGAAUUGAAUCAACUCAGAGUUAGAGAUAGUUUCAGGCACCCUAGAAUCUUGCAGCAGCAGUCUUCUGUAGCAAGUGUUGUUAAUUUCCAAGUUCAAGGAACAUAUGAUCCCUAUCGUGUUGGGCUUUACUACACAAAGCUUCAUUUGGGUUCUCCUCCGAAGCAAUAUUACGUCCAAAUCGACACCGGAAGUGAUGUAUUGUGGGUGAGUUGCAGUUCAUGCAACGGUUGCCCUAAAUCCAGUGGACUUCAAAUCCCAAUUCAGUUCUAUGACCCUUCAGCCUCAUCAACAGCUUCUUUAAUCUCUUGUUCAGACCAACGAUGUCUUCUCGGAACCCAAUCUUCCGAUUCCAGCUGUUCCGGUUCCAAUAACCAGUGCAGCUACACAUUCCAAUACGGAGAUGGCAGUGGAACAUCCGGCUAUUACGUAUCAGAUCUAAUCAAUCUCGAGACAGUUGUCGGAAAUUCAGUAACAUCAAACGCUUCCGCAUCUAUCGUAUUCGGUUGUAGCACAUCUCAAACCGGAGAUUUAACCAAAUCCGAUCGAGCAGUUGAUGGAAUUUUCGGAUUCGGUCAACAAGGAUUAUCUGUAAUAGCGCAACUAUCUUCACAAGGGAUAUCCCCAAAUGCAUUCUCCCAUUGUCUCGUCGGAAACGGCGCCGGCGGUGGUAUUCUGGUUCUUGGUCAAAUAAUCGAGCCCAACAUGGUGUAUACUCCAUUAAUCGCGUCACAGCCACAUUACAACAUAAAUCUGUUGAGCAUCUCUGUAAAUGGACAAACAUUGUCCAUAGAUCCUUCAAUGUUUGCAACAUCAAGCAGUCGAGGAGGAACCAUAAUUGAUUCCGGAACUACCCUCGCAUACCUUACAGAAGAAGCUUAUGAUCCUUUCGUGGAUGCCAUUACACAGUCUGUUUCACAAUCAGUUCAACCUCUUGUAUCCAAAGGAAGUCAAUGUUAUAUCGUCGCCUCAAGUUCGCCUGAGAUAUUUCCCACAGUUAGCUUGAACUUUGCUGGUAGUGCUUCGAUGCUUUUAAGACCCCAGGAUUAUCUUUUACAACAGAACUCUGUGGCUGGGGCUUCAGUAUGGUGCAUAGGGUUUCAGAAAACUCGAGGUCAAGGAAUCACCAUUUUAGGAGAUCUUGUUUUAAAAGACAAGAUUAUUGUUUAUGAUCUUGGUGGUCAGCGAAUUGGUUGGGCUAAUUACGAUUGUUCGAUGUCUGUAAAUGUGUCGACUAUGUCAAGUGGUGGAAGAAGUGAGUAUGUGAAUGCUGGUCAAAUUGGUAGUAGUAAUUCAUUGCAAGAUGAAUGUAAGAAGAUGAUAUUCAUGGUUGUUGUGUUACAAUUAUUUGUAUUUUUUGUUUUUUCAUAAUGAAAAUUUGAGCAAAAGUUGUUAGAGGUUUUCUAGGGUGGUUUAUUCUUUUAUAUGUAUAUUGGGAAAAAAAAAUGAAGUGUUUAUUGUUAAAUUA